UCCAAAAACAGAGUUGGCGGCUUUACUCCCGUUUCCCCCUCCAUCUCUGGCCUGAUCCGUCAGAAAACCGAGAUAAGGCCUUACUCACCCACCCAAGAGAUAAGACGAGAGAGAAACAUAUAUGUAGUCAGUGUCAAAAAACAUGAGUGGUCAGAGUGUGAAUGGUUGUGGCCCCCGGAGUGCUCGUUACGUUCAACGUUUAUGGACUUGGUUGGGAACCUUUCCACUAUGUUCGGCAUGUAGAGGGGCCAAAGGCUCAUCAGUCCCUCACGCUUACGGGAUCUUCAAUAAUGAGCCCGUCUGUCCGGAUCCCAUCAGGAUCGAGGAACCUCACCGUGAGGCCCCUGCCCUGCCAAUCAUCGGAAGUGAUGAAAUCGAUUUCGAUUUGGUUGACGGGUCAGAUCGCUUGGCCCCGUUAUCCCCACACAUCACGACGUCCACCCCCGCCAAACCGAGUUUGGUGAUCCGGAGGCACGACCUCCAACUCACCAAAGUGCUGGGCCGAGGUCAGUUCGGUAUGAUCGUUAGCGGGCAUCUUCGGCGGAACGAUCUGCAAUCAUUUCCACCUCCAUCGCAACAACAACAACAACAGUCACUGUCCCAUGGAGAGCAUUUGGUAUAUCAUCAACCGGUGGUGGUGAGAGUCCUCAAAGAGGAGGCCACCCUCCGAGAGCAAAGCCAAUUCUUGAAUGAUCCUCAGGUGGAGCCCGUGGUCCAUCCAAACGUAUUGCAAUGUCUGGGUGUAGCCAGUGAUCAAAUCCCAUAUCUGACCCUGUUCGAGUUUUGCUCCAAGGGUGAUCUAAAGAGUUUCAUGAACCACAACUUGGGUCUGGUCCAAACCCUGGCGGAAAAUGAUGGCCUAUUGCUCAAAUUUAGUCAGAAUAUCGUGAGUGGCAUGGCCAAGCUAAUGGGGGAAAGAAUGGACCUGGUCCCUUGGGAUUUGGGUGCGCGUUGUUGUCAGGUGUCAACGGAUCUUUCUGUCAAGAUUGGCGAUUAUGGGUACGCCUCCAUGAUCCAUUGUGAUGAUUACAUUCCGACCUGUGGCCAUUCCCUUCCCAUCCGGUGGUUUCCCCCUGAAACUUUGGUUUCAUUGCGAGAUAAGUUGAACUCAAGCCCGACCGAAACUGUUUCCAGUGUUUUGGGCCCCAAUUCUGGACGCUCAAUUUGGACUCUGGCCAUGACCUUAUGGGAGAUCACGCAUUUGUGCCAACUCAAGCCUUACGAGGAUAUUCUGCCAUCGGACUCAAGUUUCUUAGACAGAGUUGAAUCACAUGCCGAUAUUCUGAUAUCGCCGACCAGGAUCAAAGUCGCUGGAGUGGAUGUCGAUGCUAUCGAAUCGGUGAUUCAAUUGUGUAUGAAGGAGAAUCCCAACGAUCGGCCCGAAUGUCACCGUUUGGAUCAAUACCUGACUGAUAUCUACCAAUGUUUCCAAAUGAACCGGUCGUCUUGAUCAAGAGUCUAAGCUAAUAAUGUCAUAUCCUUGUACUGAUAAUACAUAAAUAGUUUUUAAGAGAAUCCAG